CUCACAUGUGUGUUCGUCUGAGUGUCACGGGUAAACAGGGUCGAAGGGAAACUCUUACUGCAGCAGCUUAGUUCCGAGGUACAAACAUGGCGUCCGCCGUACUGAAGGUUGCAGUGGCAGGCAUUUCCAGAUGUUCUCGUGCCGCCCUCCUGAGGGCACAUUCAACAACAGCUGCUCUCCAACAGGGCGUUCCUGGAUCCCUGUGGAAGCUGGGGAAACUCAACCACAUAGCCAUCGCCGUCCCCGACAUGGAGAAGGCCACGGCUCUGUAUCGAGAUGUGCUCGGUGCCACUGUGAGCGAAAAAGUCCCCCUGCCGGAACACGGCGUCUACACGGUGUUUGUGGAGCUGGGCAACACUAAGCUGGAGCUGCUCCAUCCUCUCGGGGAGAAGAGCCCCAUCUCUGGGUUCUUACAGAAAAACAAGUCAGGAGGGAUGCACCACAUUUGUAUUGAGGUGGACGACAUUAACGCUGCCGUAGCCGACCUGAAGUCAAAGAACAUCAGGACCCUGUCGGCGGAGCCUCGGAUAGGUGCUCACGGGAAACCGGUCAUGUUCCUCCAUCCCAAAGACUGCGACGGUGUGCUGGUGGAGCUGGAAGAGGCAUGAGCCUCUCUGCUUUGCAGGAACUGUUGGAGCUCUCCAUUUACUUCUACAUAUUCCUCGGCCGCUUGGAUGACUCAACAAUGUGUUGAUUGUUCUUUACGCCACUUCUCAUUUUCAGAAACUGUUGUUUCCUGAUUUGGUUUUGUUUUGUUCUGAAUCAGGUACAAUAAGGGAGGAUGUUUUGACCGUUUUCAUAAAGGGGAACUGCUACCAACCGC